UGGAGGGAUUUUUAUCCAAUUGAAAUAUCGAUUUCGUGUGUAAAUAAAUCAAAGAUGUCGGCCAGGAACAAUCUUCGGUCCUCCCUUCGGAGGACAUAGCUUAAGAUGGGUUCAUUUAGCGUCCCAAAGGUUCACUUGCCGUCCUGAAAGGUUCGCUUAGCACCUCAAAGGAUUUACUUAGCAUACCGAAGAUUAGCUUAGUGUACCAAAGGUAAGGAGUGAGAAACGCAAGCCUACUCGCCCGCCCGUAAGCCCUGGGAGCGGGAGCAAUUAAGUGGCAGAAGAGUGCGAAAUACUCUGGAAUGAGAACGAAGCCGGCAGAACCUCCGAGGAAGCAUGUCCUGCCGGGUAGGUGGUCAAGAACAGCCUGCCACGCCUUAUAAUUCAGGAUAUAUAACGUGGGUCUUCUCGGCUCAGCUUCCCGCCGCUGACAGUGGCUCGUGUGUCCCCAUUCUUCUCCAUAAUUUGUUUUCUUUUACUCUCUCCCAGCUCGACGCGUGUGGAUUUAAUAUCGGUGGAUGGGGGCGUGCAGGGGCGAGCAGGCGGCCGUGGUGAAUCGGCAAUGGAGGGUCUGAGAGGACCCUAGUCCGCCCACACAAAGAUGGUGCGUCAGUGUCUAUAUAUUAACUGGUUUCGCUUCCUGUCGAUCCUCUCAAUGGCUUCAUCUGUUGGUAAAUUAUUCAUUAUACACGCCAUUCACACCCAUUGAUACUGCCAGGUGUCGCCAGACUGAACGUCGUCAAUUGGCAAGUAGCACAGAAGAUGAGGUUCAUCAGUGGUCUGGUCGCUCAAGAUGUUUACCGGAAAAUAAAGCUCUGGGUGUGUUUGCCUGCAGAGCGUUUAGUGGAGAUGUGCAAGCAGAAACCACAUGUAUUUGCUUUAGGGUUUGAGAGAGAGAACAUGCAGCGUAAAGCUGCUGGUAAUGGAAUGCCCUGGCGUGCUCUCACCCCCGUGAUAGGCUCGAGGCUGCGCCGGUGGGCGGCGCAUCACACCCACCGACCAACCACUCCUCUGGGGAUGGGCGUAACCUGGCCCCUCCUCUUCACACCGCCAUGCCAGCCAGAGUUACUGCCUGACAUAAUAUUCCAGGUUGCUUGGUGGAAAGAACAAACAUUUGUUGACGUUUCACGUAAGACGAUCUAAUUUAAGAGUGCACAGGAGAAGAAUACAGGGAGAAUAAGAGAGCUGUCAGUGUGACAGAAUACUGACGCGAGGUGAAGGCUGUAACUCAGCCGUGUAACACUAGUUCGACCAGUGAAACAACGUCGCUAGUGGCAGCAGUGUUGUGGUGUUGGUCCGCUGGCUAGCAUACACACGAUCGUGAGGCUACGUUGAGGUUUUAACCUCCAGGGAUAUGAUUCAGCGGCGUUAAAGAGUGUUUGUGUAUAAGGAGGUACUGCGAGGAUUGCGUAGUGACUUAAGGAAGUGUGUGAGGAGUGGCAAGGAUGUGGCAGAGGGCGGCAGCGGCGGCAGAGCGGCGGUGAACAUCAGUGUUCGGCCGCGCCACCCGCUGUGGAGGGUGGCCGGUCCCGCAUGUGUCCAAGCAUGAGCGCAGAUGCGGCGUCUGGGACCUGGGGAGGCUCGCCGGAGGCUGCAGAGAUCCUCCACAAUGAUGCUGGCAGGGAGGAGGAGAAGGAAGCAGGGGCCCCCAGCCUCCCCCACCACCUCGCCGGGGAUGACUCCGAUAGUGACAUUAGUGUGGGGUGUCCCUCACCCAAGCCUGAUGACGGCACUUCCCCGGCAGUGGAGUCUCAAUCUGUCGCAGGUCACAGCGAGGACCUGGGAAAUCCCCCUUCGCGCACGCCGACUCCAGGCGCUGGUUCGACACCCAUGAAGUACCAAGAAGAUGGAAUCGCCUCCCCGGAGAGUGUCAUGUCGCCUCCACCGCCCCCUACCACUCCCGUCAAAGAAGGAACUGAGGACGAAUACUUCAAGCCGCUGAAAAAACUGAGAAUGAUACAGUUGCAACAGCAAGAGGAGGCGGCGGCAGCUUUAGCGGCUCGAACUAACGCUGGAGUAAAGUCCUUUUCGAUCUUAGAGAUCCUCAGUCACAAACCUGUAGUGGCCAAGGCUCCUGAAGCCUCAGGAGCCCGCAUCGUUAGGCCCUGGGACACCGAUGAAGAGGAGGACGCGUCGCGGCCACAGUCGGUGGACGACAUGAGCGUCUCCUCGGCGUCUUCUUCAGGCGGGUCGCCGCGGCCAGCGUCCAGUGGAUCAGGCCAGGGCCACUCCCGCACCCGCGGCAAGGAUGGCAACCCUCUGGACGCUCUUUUCCAGAUGACCAGCAAGACUUUUGAGGGACUCAAAGGUGGCCAGCAGCCCGACGGGUCCGGCAGCCACCUCAACCUCUUCAGUAACAAGCAGCCGCCAAAGAAGAAGCGGAAGAGCCGGACAGCCUUCACCAACCACCAGAUCUUUGAGUUGGAGAAGCGGUUCCUCUACCAGAAGUACCUGUCACCAGCUGACAGGGACGAGGUAGCCCAGACGCUGGGGCUCAGUAACGCGCAGGUGAUUACAUGGUUCCAGAACCGGCGGGCGAAACUGAAGAGGGACAUGGAGGAGCUGAAGAAGGACGUCACGUCUCACAAGAUCCUCAGUGACCACUCUACCUUCAUCAAGACCAUGACGCAGAUGGGACUCCUCAAACACAAGCCUGGAGAGCCGUUCGACCUCAAGAAACUCACCGGGUGAUGGUGAUAAUGAUGGUGACUGAUCACAAUAAACGCCAUCUUGAUGAUGAUGAUGAUGAGAAGAAUGAUUGUGAUGGCGGAAGUGGAGACAAACAUGAUGAUCACGAAUAAUGUGAGAAUGGUGAUGUGUUGAAGAUAAUGUUAAUAAUGAUAAUGGUGAUAAUGAUGGUGAAGAUGAUGAGUUUGUAAGUGCCAAGAGAAAGUGUCCUCCUCUUCCUUCUGGACUCGUGUUUGGAAGGAGGUGCGAGAAAGAAGAGGGAAGAAAGACGGAAACGAGAGGAAAAUCUUUUAGGAAGCUUCGGGGAGGAAUACAAUGAAAGGGAUACAAUGAAAGGGAUACAUUGAGAGGACCACAAUGAGAGGGAUACAUUGAGAGGACCACAAUGAGAGGGACACAUUGAGAGGACCACAAUGAGAGGGAUACAAUGAGAGGACCACAUUGAGAGGGGAUACAAUACCACAUAGUGAGUCUCAGGAAAACAAAUCAUUUAAACAUCCUCUCAUUUAUUUUUCAAGAAACACGAAGGUAAAUCCUUCAAGACUUCACGAAAAUCAAACCAAGUCUUAAAUAUGUCUUAAAACUGUCUUAAAACUGUCUUAAAACUGUCUUGUCUGCCCCUAUGCGUCGUGCAGCUCACGAUUAGACUGUCAAACAAGUCUGGAGAUAAACAUUAAAGCUUCAAAACAAGUCUAGGUUAAUUUAACAUAAAUAGAUCUGAAUUCUCCAUGCACAUGUUUGAGGUUUGAGUUAUCUACAAUAUAUUUGCCUGAUAAUGUUCAAUAAAUCUACAAGGUGGUUCAUUUAUUUAUAUGCGGCAAUUUAUCUUAAGUUCUCAUAUACACAGCGUCGUAAGAUGCAGUGCACAGGACGCUGUACACUACCCCCAGUACACUAGAUCCGGCACACCAGAUCCCCCAGUACACUACACCCAAUACACUAGACUUCCAGUACACGAGACCCCAGUGCACUAGACCCGGUACACUAGACCCCAGUACACUAGACCCCCAGUACACUAGACCCGGUACACUAGACCCCCAGUACACUAGACCCCCAGUACACUAGACCCGGUACACUAGACUCCCAGUACACUAGACCCGGUACACUAGACCCCCAGUACACUAGACCCCCAGUACACUAGACCCCCAGUACACUAGACCCGGUACACUAGACUCCCAGUACACUAGACCAGGUACACUAGACUCCCAGUACACUAGACCCCCAGUACACUAGACCCGGUACACUAGACUCCCAGUACACUAGACCCGGUACACUAGACCCAGUACACUAGACCCCCCAGUACACUACACCCAAUACACUGGAUCAUAAUACACGAGACCCCAAUACACUAGACCCGGUACACUAAACCCCCAGUACACUAGACCCGGUACACUAGACUCCCAGUACACGAGACCCCAGCACACUAGAGCCUGUACAAUAGACCCAGUACACUAGACCCAGUACACUAGAUCCCAGCACACUAUACUCUGUAUACUAGAUCCAGUACACUAGACCCCCAGUACGCUAGACCCAGCAAUACACUAGAUCCUGUACACUAGACCCAGUACACUAGACCCCUGUACACUAGGACCAUUACACUAGAUUGAGUACACUAGACCAGUACACUAGAUCCAGUACACUAGACCCAAGUACACUAGACCCAGUAGCACACUAGACCCCAGUACACUAGGACCAGUACACUAGACCCCAUUACACUAGACCCCAGUACACUAGAUCCAGUACACUAGAUCCAGUACACCAGAUUCAGUACACUAGACCAGUACACUAGACCUCAGUACACUAGGACCAGUACACUAGACCCCAGUACACUAGAUCCCAGUACACUAGAUCCAGUACACUAGAUCCAGUACACUAAAUCCAGUACGCUAAUCCAGUACACCAGAUUCAGUACACUAGACCAGUACACUAGACCCCAGUACACUAGACUCUAGUACACUAGACCCCAGUGCACUAGACCCCCAGUACACUUACCAAAAUCAACGCAGCUCUUUUAAGUGCAAGUGACACAACAACAACAACAAUAACCUAACUGAACAAUCUUUUUUCAUUGGCCACUAACUGUAUUAGCAUGAGUUGAACCUGCCUAGCAUGGGUCAGUAGGCCUGUUGCAGUGCUCCUUCUUUCUUAUGUUCUUAAAGCAACAUCAGACAUUAGUUCAACUACCCAGGAGUGAUUAUCAUACUGAACAUCCUACAGGAAACACAUGAACAACAACACAGCAACAUAUAAAACACUGGAAGACCUUUAAGAACAGUAUUUAGGGACUUUAGCCACACGUCUAGUUAGUCUUCGAGUAUGAGGAACCAGUGUGGAGCUCACACUUAUUCAUGUGUAGAAGCUCGAGAAAAUCCAGAGUUUUGUAACGUGAUUAGUUCUGGAGUUGAAGAUAAUGAACUACGGAGAUGUUCUGAACUUGGGCAUUGAUAUAUAGUAGUUGACACAGAGAGAAUGAGGUGAGAGGGACAGUAACAAGGGGAAAUUAUUACAGCUGAAAAACCUGUGUGAGCCACAAGGAUUUUAGGAAAUACUUUCUAAGCUGUGGAAAAAAGUGAAAGAAUGUGGAUGAGGAGGCAGUGGAAGCAAACAUUAUAGACAGUUCCAAGAGAAAAUAAACGGUGCCAGAGGCAAGGAACCAGGAACAGUAAAUGCAGCUUCAGAGAUGGGGCCAAGAGCUGAGACUCAGACCCCAUAAGCGCCGUUCUAACAAAACAUUCUCCCACUUAUGGGGGGACUACUGAGGAGAUUUCAUUUGGGUAAAGUACAAACUAUUUCUGUCGCUCAUCAGAUGACUUUAAUAAGGUUCAAUAAACAUGGUCAGAAAGACGAAAUAAAUAAAAAAAUAGUGUUUCUGCUCCCAGGAUAGUCUGAGCAGAGGUUCAUGAGCCACAACCCGAUGCUAGAGGACUUUCCUUAGAUUUGGCGCCACUGGCUCUCUAAUGUGACAUGACUGCCUCUCUAAUGUGACAAGACUGGCUCUUGAAGUGCAGCUGGUAUGUAACUCCCGGCCAGCUGGUUACAAUAUCCCCAGCAACAAUACAAUAAUUUAUUCAUCUACAUUCAAUUUUGUAAUACGUCAACACAGAUUUUUUGUAACUCGUCGUCAGGCGCAACACUUAUGUAACACAUGAUGUAAAUAACUCUGUACAGCUUCAUGUAAAUAUUUUUGUAA